UUUUUUUCUCUCUCUACUCCGAACACUGUCACACAGUGCUUUUCAGUCACUCUCCGUUUAGUGUGUUUAACGCUCAGAAAACAGUCCCACUCUCUCUGAAGAUUGCCAUUCAAUUGCGUUGCCCAUAAACCAACACUUGGGGGCCAAAAAAUGAUACCAAGUAGGCCACAGACUCCAAUCGGUGGUUCCCAGUCUGUUUCACCUGCGAUUUUAAGAUCAAAUUCUGCCAUUUUGGGGUCUCAAGGAGAUGGUUCCAUGCAGCCAGGUCAGUAUAACAUGAAUUUGGUUGGAAAUUCUCCCAGUGCGUCUUCUCUUAUCAAUCAGGGUUUUGGGAAAGGUGUUUCAAGCUCUGGACUUUCUGGUUUAGAGUCUACUAUUAUUUCUAUGGUAGCUAAUGAUGUGGGUUUCAGCUCAUUGUUUGAUGGUUCCAAUAUGGUGAGUUCUGCUUCAUCUGGAAAAGUUCAAAGCAAGCAAAUUUCUAACCCUUCUGUUAAUCACCAACCUCAAGUUCAACAAUUUGAGCCACAGAUGAUAAAACAUGGGCAGAAGCAAUUCCAGUCCAUUCGAGGCGGGUUGGGCGCCAUGGGACCUGUAAAAUUGGAGCCACAUGUAAUAAAUGAACAGAUUGCCCCCCAUCGUAGGUUGCAGUCCUUGCAGAGUCUGGGUUCAGUGAAAGUAGAACCACAACAGAACCAGAUUGGAACAGUCAUUGGACCUGUUAAAGUGGAGAAUCAACUUUCUGUUCAAUCUGUUUUACAACGGCAACAGCAACAGCAGCAGCAGCAGCAGCAGUUCUUCCAGAUGUCCAGGCAGUCCCCUCAGGCUGCUGUCGCACAGAUGAAUUACUUACAGCAACAGCAGAUUCUGCAGUUGCAACAACAGCAGCAACUUUUGAGGGCAUUUCCUCAUCAACAGCCCCAAGUACAACAGUUUCAACAGAAAAACUUGCCAGUUAGAUCUGUUGCAAGACCACCGUAUGAACCUGGAACAGGUGCUAGGCGAUUGACUCAAUACAUUUAUCAGCAGCGGCAUAGACCUCAGGAUAACAACAUUGAAUUCUGGAGGGAAUUUGUGGCUGAGUUUUUUGCUUCCAAUGCAAGGAAAAGGUUAUGUGUUUCGUUGUAUGGAAAUAGCCGCCAACCAAAUGGUGUUUUUCCUCAGGAUUUGUGGCACUGUGAGAUAUGCAAUUGCAAACCUGGUUGUGGUUUUGAAACAACUGUAGAGGUUCUUCCUAGGUUGUUCAAAAUCAAAUAUGAUAGUGGCACUUUGGAAGAGCUUCUCUAUGUUGAUAUGCCUCGUGAAUAUCAGAAUGCAAGUGGUCAAAUUGUACUUGACUAUGCAAAAGCAAUUCAAGAGAGUGUUUUUGAGCACCUUCGUGUUGUACGCAAUGGCCAACUUCGUAUCAUUUUCUCUCCAGAUCUGAAGAUUUGCUCCUGGGAGUUUUGUGCAUGCCGUCAUGAGGAACUUAUUCCACGAAGGUUGAUUAUACCUCAGGUAAGCCAGCUUGGAGCUGUGGCACAGAAAUACCAAGCUUCUGCUCAAAAUGCUUCAUUGAGCUUUUCUUCACCUGAUUUAGAAAAUAACUGUAACAUGUUUCUUGCAUCAGCUUGUCAACUAGCAAAAGCCUUGGAGAUACCUUUCGUUAAUGAUUUAGGAUUCACAAAAAGAUAUGUGCGAUGUCUCCAGAUAUCAGAGGUGGUAAACUGCAUGAAAGACUUGAUUGACUAUACAACUCAAGAUGCUGGGAAGGGACCAAUAGAGAGUUUGGCCCAGUUCCCUUGCAAAACCAGGCCAUUUUCUGGAGUGCAUGAUUCCGAUCAACAACCACCUGAGAAAAAGCAGUGUCAAAAUACUGGACACACAUCGAAUGAUGAUCAUCAUACUGUACGGGCAAGCAUCAUGCAUCCUUCCACAAGCAGUGGUGUUGCAAGUGCAAACAAUUCCCUCGGCACAAGCUCCACCACUUCCUCUGCCAUCACUGUUGGGGGGCUUCUUCAUCAGAAUUCCAUGAAUUCACGAAUUGAAAAUCAGAUGACUAGUCCCGGCAGUCCAUAUACUGGGACUUCUGUUCAGAUUCCAUCUGCUGGUUCUUCAACGACUUUGCCACCAGCUCAGCCCAACCCCUCGUCUCCCUUCUCUUGUCUGACGCCAUCAUCAUCCAGCAAUCCUUCCCAAAGUUCCCACAAUACUUUAGCAGCAUCAACUGCUAUAAACCAUGUCCGUUCAGCAAACUCACCUGUUCAGACACCAAUGCAACAAUCAUCUCAGUUCAAUGAGGUUGAUCCAAGUGAAUUUCAGAGCUCUGUUGAGAAAAUCAUGCAAGAAAUGAUCUCUUCACAGUUCAGUGGGACAGGUGGUAUGGUCAGUGUUGAUUAUGAAGGAAAUAAUAUGGACAUAAAUAGGGUCACACAGUCAAGAAAAAAUGCGCUCACCAAUGGCCCUUGCCUAGAGGGUAAUGUGAUGAGAAACAAGUCAGUUAAUGUAGGUGGAGGAUUUGGGAAUUUGAAUGGUAAAAAUCAUCUUUCUGCUUCUACUAGCGGAAUCACAGCUGAAAUGGAGAAUGUCUCCGGCACUUUGUCUGGUAGGUUUGCUAUGCCAGUGAUGGAUCAUGAUACUGGUAUGAAUCAUCAGCAACAGGAACUGGCUUAUCAGCUGCACAACAGUAUUGGAGCAGUAUAUAGAUAUCUUGAUCCCCAAUUUGAUUGGACUACCUGAAGAGUGGAGGUAAUUUUACUGAUACUUUCAUGGUGAUGGUUUAUACCUAGUAUGAUACAAUUCCGGUGGUGAUACAAGGUGCUCGUGCUAUGUACUGGGGGUUGCUCGCCUACAUUUCCAUUUGACGCUUUCCUGUUUAUGACUAUAUGAAUUUUCAACUUAGUGCAAAAUGUUCAGCGAAGGAAAACAAACAGCUUAUUGUUUUCAGAUGAGGUCUUUUCCCUGUUGUUUCAGCUUUACCUUAUAUUUUAAGUUUACCUUUCUGGGGUGUUUCCCUAUGUAGGUCUUUUAUCCUUCUUAAAA